AACUAGCACGAUAAGGAAGCGCAUGGAAAUGAAGAGGAUAUCUGAACCAACUUCAAUAAUCUCCGGUCCUCUCAUUCUUCUUUUUCUUCCGCCGUGGCCCGGUACACCCACAACACAUGCAGAGGGCAGCUAUGAAACAAUCUAGUCUUCAACAGCAACGAAAAAGAAUGGAAGAAAUAGGCCGAGUUGUACAGGGCAAUGCGUUACCGCCUUACUUAAACGGUACGUCGGUCGGUGCGGCAGGGCUUACAAAUAAACCUCCGGUUUGCCCUAGAUUUUCAUUUUACGUACUGAGAGAAAUCCUUGUUAAGAAAGAUUGAUGGUGGUUAUGCAUGCGAUGCUGCCAUUAGGGUUUCGGUUCAUGCCCACCGAUGAGGAGCUCAUAAGCCACUACUUGGUGAAGAAGGUCAAGGGCGAAGAACUUUCCUGGGAUGGCAUCCCCGAUUGUGAUCUAUACAGUGAAAAGCCACCCUGGGAAAUCUGCGGCGAUCAGGAGAAGGUUUACUUUUUCACCGCGUUGAAGAAACUAAGCAAAAAUCGUGUUUCACGAACAGCCGGUUGUGGGGUUUGGCAUGAAAAUUGUACUGUCAAGAUUUAUGAUAAUCGGGGUGAUAUUAUCGGGGCCAGGAAACUAUUCAAUUUCAAUGUAAAAGAGGGCUCGACAACGAAGAACUCAAACUGGAUCAUGCACGAGUUCUCCCUCGUUGGUGAGCAGCAACAGGGUACCAACUUGGUCCUCUGUAGCCUUCAGAAGAAAGGAUCAGAAUCAUCAAGUGGGGUCAAAAGACGCUUCGAGGAGGAAUCUCAUCAGAGAAAGAGGGUUUGCUGCAAUAUUGUUGAAUGUCCACCGCCUCAGGCAAUAUGGAUCCCAGCGGAGUCUAAUAUGGAAACCAUCAUGGGCUGUCUACCGUCCAGUGAUCCCUCUGAUUUUAAUUUUGAUGUGGAACCCAUCAUGAGCAUACAGCCGCCAGAGGUUGGAGAUCUGCCGCCAGAGGUUGGAGAUCUGCCGCCAGAGGGUGGAGAUCUGCCGAUUCUUCCUCCAUUGGAAGAUUUUUGGGAUGCUGACUGGGAUGCGUUAUUUGCCUAGAGAGAUCAAUACAGUGAUUAGGAAAAAAUUGUAAUUUUUUUUUUUUGUUUUUUUUUUUUUGCAAUUUUGUUUGAGAUAUCAUCAAAAUAAUAUUUUAAUUUCUUGUCUUGAUUUUGUUUUUUUGUUCGAGUUCAUGA